AUGCUGAAAAGAGGUGAAACUAUUAUGACUUACCCAGACACAGCACUUGAGUUAACUAAGGACUCACAGCCUGCGCCAAAGCACUCUGAGAGGAGAGGAGGUGAAAAUGACGUUGAAGAUUAUGACACCACCCUGCUGGAGAACCGGCUCAGUGUGGGUGACUUUGAGAAAAUACAGAGUGCCUUUGAGUCCUCAGAGCCGAAGAGAACCAUUUGUAUGUCCAGAGAUGAAUUCAUGCAGAGGAUGACAGAGACCAUUGGUUGGGGCACCAAAGAAGAAUAUGGGGAGCUCUUUGACAAAGUGGAUGUGGCCCGGGAUGGCUUUAUUAAUUGGGACAAGCUGACUUCCUUUAUUCUGUUAUCUCUUUAUGAGAAAGAUGAGCGAACCAAGGCAAUGGUGGUUCCUCAGUGGAACAAUCUGGAAUUCCUCCCUGGAAAACACAAGGACACUAUUCAGAAAGUAAUUUUCUUAAAAAGUUCCGGUCGUUACCUGACUAUCAGUAAAGAAGGUUUGUUAGGGCUCUGGGGAGAGAAUUUAAAGCUCCAAGAAACACUUCCUAUCACAUCAGAUGCCACCAAGCUCAAACAUCUGUGGGUAACAAGUCUGGUGUCUCUGGAAAAUGUAAACAAGAUAGCAGUAGCUUUUACAACUAAAGAGAUUUGCUUCUAUGAUCUACUAUCCAAGGAAGACUUUCCUUGUCAAUACAAAGUUCAAGGCCUGAAAGGAGCACCAAUUUGCAUGGAUUAUUGGUACGAUCCUCUUGAUGCCAAUGAAUCAGUUCUGUCUUUUGGAGAUAUAACUGGAAAGGUUCAAGCAAUUGCUUUCACGGCAGCCUUGAUUUCCCUGUUUGAACGGCCUGCGAGUGACUGUGAAGAUGAGGAAGCCACCACAACCAUCACUUGGGCAGAGCUGGUCUCUGGCUCUCACAAAUGCUGCUAUGUAUUACAACAUGCUCUCCAUCAUGGAGCCUGGGUCCGGCAAGUUACUUACAAUGCAUCGUUGGAUGCUAUUAUUUCUGGCACAACCACCGGUACAAACAGUGUGGUGCUAGCUUGGAGAGAGAAAUCAAAAAAACAUCUUAAAAUGACUUCCUUCAACAUUGCCCAGGGCGUUCAUGGUUUUGAUUACCACUCUCGGCUCAAUUUAAUUGCGACUGCUGGCAUUAACAAUAAAGUUUGUCUUUGGAAUCCGUAUGUGGUUUCUAAACCAGUUGGGGAACUCCGGGGUCACUCAGCCAGUGUAAUAGCUGUCCAGUUCUUUUCUGAAAGAAAACAACUUUUCAGCUUCUCCAGAGAUAAAGUUUUGAGACUCUGGGAUAUUCACUACCAGCUGUCCAUCCAGAGGAUUGCUUGUCCUUUUCCCAAGAGUCAAGACUUCAGAUGCCUUUUCCACUUUGAUGAGGCCCAUGGACGACUUUUCAUCUCAUUUAAUAACCAGCUAGCUCUGUUGACCAUGAAAAGCGAAGCCAGUAAGAGGGUGAGAAGCCACGCCAAAGCCGUCACGUGUGUCCUUUACAGCUCACUCUCGAAGCAGGUAAUCAGUGCUGAUGUGGGGUCUGCUGUUUCCUUUUGGAUGGUAGAUACCGGGCAGAAAAUCAAACAGUUUACCGGUUGUCAUGGCAACGCAGAAAUCAGCACUAUGGCCCAGGAUGCAAAUGAGACGCGGCUUUUGACUGGCGGCACAGAUGGGACUGUGAAGGUGUGGGAUUUCAAUGGACAUUGUCACCACACACUAAAUGUCAGGCAAGAUGGUGCUGUCGAUAUUUCACAGAUCCUGGUUCUGAAGAAGACAAUUCUGGUGGUAGGCUGGGAAAGAGCUCUUACUGUGUUUCGACCCCAGAACUUCAAUCAGUUUUCCAUUCCAAGUGAAGAAUGGAAAGGAGGAACAAAGCACCAUGACGAUAUUUUGUGUGCCGCAUUUUCCCCUCCUCAAACUCUUGCUACAGGGAGUUACGAUGGAGAAAUCAUUCUGUGGAAUAAUAGCACGGAGAAUGCUUACCAUGUCCUUCAUCCUGAUUACCAGAGACAGCUCAACUCCAAAUUAGAUAAAAAACCUCAAAGUCUUCUCGGUGCUGAGGAGAGCUGUUUCACCCACCCCAUUGCACACCAGGCUCCUCAAAACUUUGAUGCUGACACGGAGGGCAAUAACGCAGUGAUGAGGCUUUGCUUCCUGGAAUCAAGGAAACACACUGCCACCACAGAAGGAGCCACCUUGGUAUCUUGUGGAGGAUCUGGCUUUGUGAGAUUCUGGGACACAUAUAAGAAACAACUUCUGGCUGAGUUUUUGGCUCAUGGUGGAACUGGAUCCAUUAUUAUGUCUAUUGAUAAACUGAACAAAUACCUUACCACUGGGGCCUCUGAUGGAUGGCUGAAAAUCUGGAAUAUAGAGGAGUACUGUCUUCAUUCCAGUAAGAAGAAAAUUACACAGACUCCACCUCUGAUAAGAUCAUGGCAACCUCAUGAAGACAGAGUAAGCUCCGUGGAGAUAUGUGAGGCCGGUGGCCAUGUGCUGGUCAUUUCUUCUUCUGCCGACUGCAGUGUCUGCAUGACGGGGCUUGGCGAUGUGCCUGUUCUGAUCUUUGGUCAGGCAAAGCAUUGGCAUAUUGAGAGCAGUCUUGCUCCACCUAAAGGAAAUAUGGAUUUAAUGGAAAGUGAGUGUCAAGAGGAAACCACAAAAGUAAAGUCUUUAUCUAAAGAGGAUCCAUAUGCAGACCCAAGUGAACACUGUCUACUUAGCAAAGAAAGUGAAGAUGACACAACACACAGUGUCCGAGCAUCAGAAGACAUCAAUUUACUUAUACCCUAUAAGGAAAGAAACACCUACAAGAAAAAAGCAGAUAAACUUUACUGUGGUGAAAGUACACACAAAGCAGCCAAUGCAUUUAGGUCAUUAAGCAUCGGAGCCCUACGAGAGGUACCUGAGGUGAAUAAACCUGCUUUUCUUCUAGACCCAGACAAAUAUUUUAGGAGAGAGCUGGAAGAGGAGAAACCCCAUGUUCCAGCACGGCCUCUACUUUCUGAAACUUUGAAAGCAGUAUUUGAUGAGAAAAACCUGUUCCCCAAAGAAAUUCUGGAUCGUGAAAGAAAAGCCAAGCAAUUAUGUGAGGAAACAAGUUGUGAAGUGAAGAUAAAAAGAAAUAAGAAGCAAUUAUAAUUAAAAGAAAAAUAAACAUUUCAUUGGUACACAAAGCACGUAUAUAAAAUGUGGAACCAGAAUCAAGACUCCAGUCCUUUCUUUUCCUGUGCAUUUGAGUUUCUGGAAGCUUCACAUUCAGAAGAUACCUGGUGCAUUCAUUGCUUUCUCAGAAUUCUUAACACAAACGCCACUGUAUUGAAGAAAGGGGAAUGCCAAUUACCUAUUCCCAAAUGUUUCAAUGUGAACAAUAGACAAAAUAACCUAUCCUGUGGCCCUUCUAAUUGCUUCCAUAGACAAAUGGUUUGAUCUUUUUUACUAUGACAAAUCUGCAUUCAAAUGCGUAGAAAGCAUUGAUGGUGAAUAUCUCAAAUUUUGAAGAAGGCAAUCUUUCCCACAUCUUUCUACUUUCUGGAAUUAAAAAGAAUGACUCUGAUAAAGCCCAUUAGAGCUUGGCAAAGCAGCAUUUCUAGCAUACUUUGUUUUAAUUAUACAAGUUCACAAAGUGCAGUGUGAUAAUUUGAUACCAAUGUAUAAGAUGCAAUGACCAAAUCAGGAUUGUUAACUUAUCUCUUUGAUCACUGUGCUCAAGACUAGCAAUCAAUCAACUACCCCUGUAGUGAACCUUGUAACCAUCCACUAACAGCAACUUUGUCUAUCAAAUUAAUUUAUGUGUAUACCACUCAGAUCAUAAGAUGAUGUGGCCAGGAAUAUGCCAAUGGCAUAGAUUGUUACUUGGGCUUAUUAAGAUCAGUGUGUGUGUGUGUGUGUGUGUGUGUGUGUGUGUGUGUGUGUGUGUGUGUGUGCACUG